UCCCUUGUCCCCAUCGUUUCAAGUAACUCUCUCUCUCUCCCCCGCAAGGCCGAGGCCAGCCGCGCGCGAGCUCAGCUCCUCGUGUCCGCCUCAACUCAUCUAUAUAAGCGCUCGCCUCUCUCCUCACUUAAAUCAUCCAGUGUUAGCUCCGCACGGAGAGAGAGAGAGAGAGAGAGAGAGAGAGAGAGAGAGAGAGGAGGCGGAGCAGCAGCAGCAGCAAACAGGGAAUUAAGGCCAGACAGAUAGGUGGUAGAGAGAGGAAUUAGCGAGAGCUGAGCUGAAGGGGAGGGCAGCAACAACCAUAGCUAGCCAGUAGAGCAUAGCAAUGAGGUCGACGAGGAGAUCCUUUCCGUCGUCGUCGCGGCAGAGCGUGCUGGCCGCGCUCGUAGGCGUGGUGUUGGCGGCGACGGCGUGCUGCGCGGCGGCGCAGCUGAACCAGAGCUACUACGCGUCGACGUGCCCCAACGUGGAGACCCUGGUUCGCGGCGCCGUCACCCAGAAGCUGCAGGAGACCUUCAACGCCGCGCCCGGCACGCUCCGCCUCUUCUUCCACGAUUGCUUCGUCAGGGGGUGCGACGCGUCUGUGCUGCUCUCGGGUCCCGACGACGAGCACAGCGCGGGCCCGGACACGACGCUGUCCCCCGACGCGCUGGACCUCAUCACCCGCGCCAAGGCGGCCGUCGACGGCGACCCGCAGUGCACCAACAAGGUCUCCUGCGCCGACAUCCUCGCCCUCGCCGCCCGCGACGUCGUCUCCCAGGCGGGCGGGCCGUACUACCAGGUGGAGCUGGGUCGGCUGGACGGCAAGGUCGGCACACGCGCCGUGGUGAAGCACAGCCUCCCCGGCGCCGGCUUCGACCUCGACCAGCUCAACAAGCUCUUCGCCGCCAAUGGGCUCACGCAGACCGACAUGAUCGCGCUCUCAGGGGGGCACACGAUCGGCGUGUCGCACUGCGACAAGUUCGUGCGGCGGCUGUACACGUUCAAGGGCGGCGCGGCGGCGCAGCGCGGCCCGCCGAUGAACCUCUACUUCCUGCGGCAGAUGCGGCAGACGUGCCCGCUCAACUACAGCGCGUCCGCCUUCGCGAUGCUGGACGCCGUCACGCCGCGCAAGUUCGACAACGGCUACUACCUGACGCUGCAGCAGAUGAAGGGCCUGCUGGCCUCGGACCAGGUCCUCUUCGCCGACCGCCGGUCCCGGGCCACCGUCAACUACUUCGCGGCCAACCAGACGGCGUUCUUCGACGCCUUCGUCGCCGCCAUGGCCAAGCUCGGCCGCAUCGGGGUCAAGACCGGCGCCGACGGCGAGAUCCGCCGGGUGUGCACCAAGGCGAACUAGCACGUCUGCACGUGCAGCUGGAGUUGCAUCGCGUUGGUUGAUCCGCACCGUACAUUGUGCAGUAGAGGGUUGAGGUUGUCCGUCACUAGCUUGCUGCUGUCCAUUCUCAAGAGUCCAUCGAUCACAUCACAGUGUAUUAAUUUGUUCCCGCCCAAUUCUUUUCUAGAUCGUGUAAUCAUCAUGUUAGAAGAAGAGGCUUCAUACAUCUUAUCAGUUCAGGGCCUACCACAAUGUGACACAAGAUGAAGGUACUACACUUA